AUGGUUACGUUUUGUUUGGAGGCAAUGGACUCGUUUUUCCAGAGGAGAAUGUGGGAUGAUAAAGAUAUUGAAGCAGAACUGGAAGAAGAAAUAAAAGCUGAAUUGGAUAAAAUCAGUGUUUCAUCUUUGGAGAUAAGAGAUGAGACGGAUUCAUCAUCUGAAGCUGGUAGUGAGAGUGAUCCAGGAGAAGAAGACUUGCCUGAAUCAGUUCUUUACUGUAUUAAUGUCAUAAAGAAUAGGAGUAAAAAUGCUGAAAAUCUUGUUCUCCAGGACUUGGAAGAUACUGACUUUUCAAGUCCCAGUUGUGGAGCAACUUCAAACAGUCCUACAGAUUUUAUGGAUGAGUUGAUAUCUAAUUAUCAUGAGAAUGCAUUAGAAUUAAAGAAGAGGAUGUUAUUUGAAAUAGAAAAAGAAUUACAGAUAAAUUCAACCUAUGAUAAAAUUCCUAAUUCUGCUCAACUUCCUAAUCUUUGUAACUUACCUGUUGAUGAGCCUCUUUCUUCAGAUGAUACUGACACAAUAAGCUUCGGGUACUAUGAAGUUGAGGAAAGAUGUCGACAGUCUUUUGCGGCAUGGGAGGACAAACAGCGGGAAUUGGAGAACCAGGAGAAUGAAAAGUUCCGAGCUCAGAGGGAUAGAGAAGAAAAACAGUUGCAAGAGGAAGAAGAAAAGAGACAUUGCCGGAUGAAGCAAUUUGAAAUGGAAAAGGAAAAAAUAGAGAACAUUCAUAAGCAAGAAGAAGAGAAGAUAAAUGUUGAACUGCAGCAACAACAGAAAUUGUGGGAAGAGAAUUUAAAGGCACAUGAGGAGUUUAUCAGAAGACUACAGUUACAAGUGGAGGAGGAAAGAAGAUGUUUGGAAGAUCUAAAAGCUAAAGAAAGACAACGUUUGGCAGAUCUGCAGCAUAAAGCAGCCAUAAAAAUACAGGCUAGGUAUCGAACAUUUGUAGCUUAUAAAAAGUAUGGAUCAAUUAUAAAAGAACGACUAAACAACAAAAAGAAGAAGAAAGAAAUGCUAGAAAAACAAAAACAAGAAUGGAAGGAAAUGGCAGACAAAAUCCGACAAAAGGAUGAAGAAAGAAAGAAAAAAGUGGAACAGAGACUGAAAAAACAAGAAGAAAUAAAAUAUCAAAGACAAAAAGAACAAGAGAAGAGGCAGGAGGAAUAUGAAAAAAAGAAGAAAAUUUUGAAACUUAAUAAAGAACAAAAGUUAAUGGAAGAAGUGAAAAAAAGAGAAGAGGUAUCUGCAGAGUUGGUAAUGAAAAAAGAAAAUGAAAAAAGAGAAGAUUUGGUGGUGAAAAAAGAAAACAAAAAAAAUGAAGAAUGGGCCAAAGAAUUGUUAGUGAAAAAAGAAAAUAAAAAAGAAAAUGUGUCCAAAGAUAUUUCAGUGAAAUUUUUUACAAAGAAAAAAGAUAUGUCCAUAAAGCCAUCAGUAAAAGAAGAAUUUAAUGAAAAAGAAAAUAUAACUAAACAUAUAACACCAGAAAAUAAAUUGAAAAAUAUAGACAUAGCUGAACAGGAACUUAUGCAAAAAUUAAAGCAAGAACCACUUGGGGAAAACAUAUCAAGAAAACUAGUUAUAACAGAAUUUAAAAAAGAACAGAAUGAAAAUCUAGGAAAACAUCAAAAGCUUGUUGAAUUACAAAAGGAAAAGAAACCAAAUGAGAGUUUAGCCAAAGGUUUCAUUGAACCAGAAAAAAAGAAAAACAAGACAAACUACCUAGAGUUAGAGCAAGAAAGAGAAAAAGGAAGUUCAGUAGAUGAAAACAAGGGAAACAAAUGCCAAGAAGCUAGAGAAGAUAAGGAGAUGAGAAACAAUCUAGAACAGAAUGGAAACAAGCAAAAUCAGGAGGAAGAAGACUCUAAAAUAAUAAAAGAGGAAAAGGAAAAGGAAAAGAAUGGAGAAAGUCAUGAAAAGGAAAAUCACUUCAGCGCUGCAUUGAACCACGUGCUUUCAAUCUUAAAAGCAGGGAGUAAUGAAAAUGCCAUCAGCUAUGUGAGUGUGAUGACACCAGCCAAGAAAAGUGAAUUUCAAGCUAUUGAUAAUGAUGAGAGCUCAGAAACAAAUACUCUGGCAGAUGGUGAAACUAUAAUUCUUAACACCUCUGAUAUCGUUCUAAAUGUGGAAAGUAAUUCAUGCAAGAAAAAAUCUGUUUUAUUUCAACCAACAUCUUAUAACUUCACAGGUGACUCUGAUAAAAACUCAUCAGUGUCUGAAGAAACCACAUCUGCUCCAUCUGUUAUGAGUGAAAUACCAAGGAAGUUUUGUGAAUUUGGGACAGAGAGUAAAAGUAUCACUGCUCACUCUCUAAGCAAGAUAACAGUUUUAAUUGAAGAAAAGAGACUAGCUUGGACAAAGACCUGUAGACCCUGGUUUCAAAUCUUUGGGGAAAACCAAAGAAAGAAAGUAGUUAAAAGAAACAGACCUAGGAAAUGCUCAGUCAGCAAGCUGCCUCCUCUGAAUUCAGUGGCAAUCCUUCAAGGUGGCCUAUGGAGUACCUUACAACAGGUUACAACAGUAACAUUUCAGGAUCUGCCGGGUUGUAGCCUUUGCACAUUGUCAGAAUGUACAAGUCUUCAAUUUCUGACUCUCAAGCAUUGUGGAUUAACUGCUCUGGAAGGACUGAAUAACUGCAAAAAAUUGAAGUAUAUUGAUGUACAGGAAAACCAGAUUCAGGUUAUAAAUUGUGAGAAUUUAGAAAAUCUCUGCAUCCUUCUUCUGAAUGACAAUGAACUGACUUCUUUUCAUGGAUUGGAUGGUUGUAGUAAUCUUCGAAAAAUUGACGUUUCAAAUAACAAGAUCACACGAAUUGGUGGAUUAGAAUCUUUGAAAUCUCUUCAGCAACUAAUUGUGGAUCACAAUCAGCUAAUCAGCACUAGAGGUCUUUGCAGUGUUCCUACUAUUAUGUACUUGGAUUGCUCUUAUAAUAACCUUACUAAAGUUGAAGGUGUUAAAGAUUGUGGCUUACUUCAGAUUUUGAAGUUACAGGGAAAUUACCUAACUGAGUUUCCAUCUCUGGAAAAUCAAGUUCUGCUCAGAGAAUUAUACUUGGAUGACAACAGUAUUUCGACAUUGGAAAUAGUCUCAUCAUACUGGCUUCCUUUAUUACAGAUUCUAACUGUCUCUCAAAACAGCUUGACUGAAAUUGUGCCACUCUUUCAAUUUAUUUCUUUGGAAAAACUAGAUGUCAGCAACAACUGCCUUUCAGAUCUUACAGGUGUCACCAAGUGCUUUCAUGAAUGUUCUAAUCUACGUGACUUAUCACUUGUUGGAAAUCCUCUUCUCCAAGAAAGAAAUUGGAGGCAGUCCAUACUUGAACUCUUACCUACUUUAAGAAUUCUCAAUGGUGAGACACUAAAAUCUGAUUCACCCAAUCAUGAAACCAGUGUACCAGAAACAGGCAGUUUUUCAGCAAUCUGCCAGACCCAGACCCAGGAAUUUAACUUACUAUUUAAAAAAUAUGUCACUGAAAAAAGAAAUAUUCACUCCUUGGAUGCUAUAGAGGACUUGUGCUGUUAUUUUAAUGAGCUGAUGAGACUUAGUAGUCUGUACAGAGAUGUUCAUGAGCAUGGAGAUUUCAGGAUCACUGAGAGAGAUAAAGAUUUAAGUAACAUGAAGAGAGACCAGUCAGAAGAACAGCAAGAUAAUUCAAAACAAGCAGCCAGUAAUAGUCUACAGCAAAACAACCUCUUCCUUACUGGGAUAGAUGAAAAUAAACAGGACUUUCUGGAAGCUUCUCAAAAAAGAAUUGAUCCUGACAACAUUGAAUCUGGAUUCAUUGCAUCUCCCAUACAUGAGCACAUAGAGAAAAUGAAUCAAGACCAAAGAGUCCCAAGGAGGAGGAAAGACAUUGUGAGCACCAAAACUCAUACGAAGAAUAGCUCUGUCACUGAGGAGCUGUUAAUUAAAAGUGAAAUGGAAAAGGAUUUCCAGCAUGUUCAGAAUGAUGCCAACAAUAGUAAGGUAGCUCCAGUAAUCCAGAGCCACUGCCAAGGAUCCAUCAUUCACAGGCAGAUUAAAGAGGAUGUGGCAGCAACAAUAAUACAGAGAUCUUGGAGAAAUUAUCUUACGAGGACCCAGAUGAAAAAAGGAAAAUGUUCCAGCACUGAUAUGCAUACACAGAGGGAGAAGGCGGCUACGCUUAUUCAGGCAGUUUGGAAAGGCUUCCUGUUACGGAAGAAACUGACCAGAGCGCUAGCUUCCAUUAAAAAUGAAGAACUUGAGGAUGACUAUGGAGAAAUCAACCUUGAUGACUUUACAUUUGAUGAAGCUGCCUUAGAGAAAGAAUGGUUCUCUUUGGAUUCCACCAACUUCCCUUCCAAAACACAGUCUCUCCCAAAUGAGCUGCACCAGCCAAAGUAUUCAGGAUAUUUGUCCUCUGAUGACACUUCGCUUAAUUUACCAUAUCAUCCAGAUCAAGCUUGGCAGUGUAGUGAGAGAGAAAAUCCUUUCUCUCCUGAAGACUCUCAGUUUACUGACAGAUCAGAAAGUCAAAAACUGUCCUCUUCAGCCGAUUUCAAGAGCUCAAGAGCUAUGAAAAUGUCCCUAAGAUCUAAAAAAGAAGAAAAAAUUUCAGAAGAAUGGGGCUUUAAAGAUAUUUCUACUGCUCAGUUGAUGCUAAAGAGAGCUCAGAAAAUGAAAUCCAAGAAAACAAGGCAUAAACUAGACCCUGCUGUGCGCCUGGCAUUGUUCAAAAAUAAUGGAAAUAAACAACCCCCUGUGAAGCCAGCAAAGAAAGCAGGCCAUGCCAGACAAGGGUAUUUUGAAGUUGAUGAAGAAGAACUCGCCAAUGCAGAUGUUCUUAUUUCCAGUGAAAAAAUUGAGCGCAGCAAAGAGCUGACCUACCAAUGGCUCCAUACGCAAGUUGGGAGUUAUGAAACAACCUGCCCCAGAAAUGUGAAAUGCCAGACACACUUCUUGCCUGUGUUAGAUCCAGAUGUACUUAAUGGUGGGCGCGUUCAACUCGUGGAACACUUCCUUCUUCCCAACAACCCGGAGAGUAAAGAAGCCUUUUUCGAGUCUCUUCACUUCCACAAGGAAGGAGAUCAGCCUACAUUUGGAACACAGAAAACUCUCAAUGGGCUGUGGCAGAAAUGUAAACAUUUCACACAUAAUGCAAGACUUGUAAGGAGAGGAGACAUGGAUGUAGAUCUUGUUUCCAUGAACAGUGGGAGUGCUUUGGCUCAGAACAGAGAAAAAAAUCAUCAGGCAUCCAGACACUCAGCAGAAUCUUCAUUUAAGGUAAUAACUGUUCCAGGGAUAAGAAAUGCUAAGAAAAAAUGGGUAUCACAUCGAGACUAUCCAGUGCAGUUCAGCGAUGGAUGGGAAAGUGGGAAAAGGAAGGCGAAAACUUUCAACUAAUCUUUCAAACUUCAACAUGCAAAACAUAUGGCGAGCUGUUUCUUUUCAAGAGGUCUGUGAAUAUCUGGUUAUAUGUUACCAAUUGGAUACAAAGUUUUAGAGUACUGCAUUUAAUUUGUUUUACUAUACAUGUUUUGCAAUUUAGCUUUCUGGUGGAGUUAUCUUACUCCCCAUCAGUAAAAUACAAUUUUUGCAAUGGUUCCUGUGCUCAUGUGGUAUGGUCUCCAGAAAAUGUUAACCCUUUGAUAUAAUUGGAAGGAGGAAUUUGUAAAACCCAAUUUCUUUAGUUUUAAAAGAAUUUUUAUUCAUAACUUCAAGUGAAAUUUUGUUACCAAUAAUGAUAAAUCUGUUAAUAACAAUUUUGGGAAGUUUAACAUCCUGAUUAUAUAUGUUUUUUUCAUGAUACUAUGUAAUGUAUUGUAUAUGAAAAAUUUGUAUUCUACUUUCACAAGCUUUCAAUCGUAUAAUUUGCAUUAUUGAACUAGAUGGGGAGAAUUGUCAUCUUUUCAUAGGUGAAUUGAUUCAUGUUCAUAAUGUUCUUGCAUAUGUUUUUCUAGUUGUUGAACUGGUCUAAAGUUUACUUUAGAGUUGGUCUUUCAAAUUAAAUUGAACCUGAUAAAUUAAAACAAAUUGGAUAUUUUAACAGUACUACUAUUUGAAUAGGUGGUAUAUUUAUUAUUUUGACUUAUGGAAGUACAUGAGAAUCUAAUA